CUUUUUCUUGCCUGGUUUUUAUAAAAAUAUAGAAAAUGGUUAAAUUAUUAGCUGUUAUAUUGGCGGUAACCGUGUUUGGUGUUGUUUUAAGCAAACCUUUGGAAGAGACAAAGGAUUUGGAACAAAAAGUACACCGGCUGUGGAAGAGAUACACCAACCAGCUUCAAUCGAGCUUCAACAGCAACGGCCUAUCCAGGAUUCGAACCCGGAGAAACGUAGCGGAGGAAUGCGAGAAGUUGGAACUGUGCAGGCUGCACGCGAGAUCAUCUAGGAACUUCAUAUCGGCGUUCGAGCUUUACUUCGUCAACAAAGAGAACGCCCGGCUAUGGGACCACCAGACGCACACGGUCGCCGACUGUAACCGCCGAUUCUCUCAUUGCUUCGGUGGCGCGCAGCCCCAACAACAACCCCAACAACAGCCCCAACAGAAGCAGUUCAGGGACAGCAGGGCUGACUAUGAUAACUAUAGAGAGUUUAUUAGUGAUGAUUACGAAUGA